AUGGAUGCUGACUUUAAAGCUCAGUUAGAUCAAGAACGUCAACGAGUAGAGGAUGUAUUCGAUUUUCAAGGAUGUAAAGUGGGCCGCGGUACUUAUGGACAUGUAUAUAAAGCAAAGCGGAAAGAUGAGACGGAUACAAGAGACUAUGCGCUAAAACAAAUUGAAGGUAGUGGUCUUUCAUUGUCAGCAUGUCGUGAAAUAGCAUUGUUACGUGAGUUAAAACAUAUUAAUGUGAUUACUUUACAACGAGUAUUUUUAUCUCACGCUGAUAGAAAAGUAUUUUUAUUAUUUGAUUUUGCAGAACAUGAUUUAUGGCAUAUUAUCAAAUUUCAUCGUGCUGCGAAACAAAAUAAAAAACCUGUGAUAUGUGCACGUGCUAUGGUCAAAUCGUUGUUGUAUCAAAUAUUAGCUGGCAUACAUUAUUUACAUUCAAAUUGGGUUUUACAUCGAGAUUUGAAACCAGCAAAUAUUUUGGUCAUGGGAGAUGGAAUUGAACGCGGUCGAGUGAAAAUAGCCGAUAUGGGUUUCGCACGUUUGUUUAAUUGUCCGUUAAAACCAUUAGCUGAUUUAGACCCAGUUGUAGUAACGUUUUGGUAUCGUGCACCAGAAUUAUUAUUAGGCGCUCGACAUUACACAAAAGCGAUCGAUAUUUGGGCAAUUGGUUGUAUAUUUUCUGAACUGUUAACGUCCGAACCAAUCUUUCAUUGUAAGCAAGAAGAUAUCAAAACGAGUACGCCAUAUCAUCACGAUCAAAUUGAUAGAAUAUUUAGUAUUAUGGGUUUUCCAGCUGAUAAAGAAUGGGAGGAUCUCAAGAAAAUGCCCGAUUAUUCUCGUUUAUCGAAAGAAUUCAAGAAAAAUAAUUAUGCAAAUUGUAAUUUGAGUAAAUAUAUGGAUAAACAUAGCGUACGCUCAGACACUCGUUCAUUUAUGUUAUUGACAAAAUUACUAACAAUUGAUCCUACAAAACGUCUUUCAGCGAUGGAUGCAAUGAAUGAUUUGUAUUUCAAAGAAGAUCCACGACCAACAGACGAUGUUUUUGAUUCUGUGCAAAUACCUUAUCCUAGGCGAGAAUUCAUUACUGAUGAAGAAUCGGACGCUGCUGGUGGAAAUUGUUUAGGUGGUAAUAUUAAAACAGAACCAACCGUAAAAACAGAACAACCUACAGUACUCGCUCAACAACAACAACAAUCUCUUGCUCAAAAAACUUCACAUGUUCAACAAUCUCAACAUGCUCCAUCACAACAUCAAAUUGUUAUGACAAAUGCACAGCAUUCUCAACCAAAUUCACAACAACAUCAGCAUCCAUCGUCUUGUAGUAAUCAACCUCCGGAGAAAAAAAUGCGUUACAAUGAUCCUUUUGACUAUCAAACGAUAAUGUCAGUCAUUGUUAAAGAAAAUAAAGAAGAGCAAAAAAGAAGAAUGAAUCGUACACCAUUGGUUAUUGUGCUUGGUGCUACUGCUGUUGGUAAAACAAAAUUAUCUGUACGUUUAGCAAAAAAAUUUAAUGGUGAAAUUGUGAAUGCUGAUUCCAUGCAAGUUUAUGAUGGACUUGAUCUGGCCACAGCCAAACCAACUAAUGAAGAACGUGACGAUAUUCCACACCAUUUAUUCGGGUAUGAUGAAUUAACAUUUAUUGAUUAUCGAAAUGAAGCAUUGGAAGUAAUUGAAUCUAUAAUUAAUCGUUCAAAAAUGCCAAUUAUUGUUGGUGGAACAAAUUAUUAUAUUGAAUCAAUUUUAUUUAAUUUAAAUCCACCCAGUACAUUUUUAGAACGAGAUUUGUCUCCUUAUUCUCAUGUUAUUAAUGAACAAUUUUCCGAGCUUACAGAUGAGGCACUUGAUAAAUUAACAUCAACACAAAUGCAUGAUUUAUUGAAAAAAAUUGAUUUAAAAUCAAGUAUAAAAAUACAUCCAAAUGAAGAACGAAAAAUUCGAAGAGCACUUCAAUAUUAUCGACAAACUGGUGGUAAAACGUUAAGUACUGCCUUAGAUGAACAACAUGCUGAAAGUGGUUUUACUUAUCGUGGAUCAUUUCGAUUUCAUCGUUGUUGUUUAUUAUGGUUAACAUGCAAGAAAGAAGAAUUAAAACGUCGAAUUAAUGAUCGUGUUCAAUCGAUGUUAGACAAUGGAUUAGUAAAUGAAUUGACAAACUUUCAUGAAUUAUAUAAUCUUUCACGUUGUAAAGAAGGUACUAUUGAUUAUACCCAUGGAGUAUUUCAAGCAAUUGGUUUUAAAGAAUUUCAUAACUUUUUACAAUUAUCUGAAGAAGAAAAAGCAAACGAAAAUGGAAAGAAAAUGUUUGAUCAAGCUGUUGAAUUACUUAAAGCAUCGACACGACAAUAUUCAAAAUCUCAAGAAAAAUGGUUAAAAAGAAGGCUAUUACAAAGAGUUGAAGAUCAUUCACCUGACGUUUAUGAAUUAGACACAACUGAUAUAACUCAAUGGGAUGAAAAUGUUGAAGGACGUGCUUUUGAAAUUAUCAAUGCAUUUUUAAAAAAUGAAGAAAUUCCCUAUUCACCGUUGACAAAAAUUCCCAUGGCUGAUUUGUCCUAUGAAUAUAAUACUUGUCACGUUUGUGAUAAUCAAGUAUUUAAUUUAAAAUAUCAAUGGGAUGUGCACUUGGCUAGUAGAAGACAUAAAUUACGUUUACAAUCAUACAAUAAAUUACUAGCAUUAUUAAAAGAAAAGGAAACAAUUGAAACAUCAAAACUAAAGGAAGAAACGAACAGUCGUCGAUUAUAUGAAUAUACAUUACGAGCUGCUUGUAGUCCAUUGCGUGUCUACGAAAAUGGACCAACAAGUAGUGAAUCGAGUGAACAUGUUAGAAAAUUAUUUAAUGUAAGUGUGACUGAACAUAGAAACACAUGUGCAAAAGAAACUGCCAUCAAGCCUGCUAAUAUUAUUUUAAUAGUGAAUGUUAAAAGAGCUAAAAAUUUACUUGGUGAAGAUGCGAAUGGGUUAAGUGAUCCAUAUUGUCGUCUGUCGGUGGUUGAUCAUGAUCCGUCUCAACCACCAGUGUCUCCUCUCAUCCAAUCUGGCUUGUUUUCAUGUGCGAGUACCAAACAUCAAAAACGUUCAGCGAGUUUUUCACGUCCAAAAAAUAUCAGUCGGAUAUCAUUGAAAAAAUCCACAUCAUCAAAUUUAAUUUCAUAUAAAACAGGAGUUUGUCAACAAACAAUUGAACCCGAAUGGAAUGAACAAUUUGAAUUUGAAAUUGAAGAUGUAAUGAGUCAAUUUCUCGUCAUAUCUGUUUUUGAUUCCGAUAGUAAAGCUACCGGUGUACGCAAUGUGAUGGCAGAAAAACGCGGUGCUACGCAACGAUUCAGGGGUCUCCGUGAUUUUUUUAAAACAGGUGUAAUUACUGAUGAUUUUCUUGGUGAAGUUAUUUUGGAUAUCAAAUCAAUUGCAAGUUUUGAUUGUGAAAAAUGGUUUCAGUUAACAGCGCCAACUGGACGUCGUUCUAAUAAUCGUGGAGAAAUUUUACUAAGUUUAAAAAUUCAUUUUAAAUUGAGUGCAGCUAAAAAUUGGAUCGGUGUGGCUAAAGGUUUUGAAUCAAAACAUUCAACUAUUAGUUUAACUGAUUCUGGUUUAACAAUGCAUGGUGAAUUCGAAUUACCAUUAUUAAUUGAAGAAUAUCAUGAGCUAUGUCGUAUCGUUUUUUUCCAUGAAUUGGAAGAUUGUAAUGAGAAUCAAACUCAAUGGAACGGUGAAUUGAACCCAACAUCGUAUAGUGUAUUAGCACAAUUUCGAGUUUUAUAUAACAUUCCCAGUUUAUCAGAAAGUCUCAUUAAACUACUUGUCGUUAUGGAGCUUCGAUCUAAUCGUGAUGUCAAUUCAACAUUAAUUAGUCAAAAUGUAAUUCUUACAUAUGCAAAAAUAUUUGCUGAUCUCAUUCAUCAACGAUCUGAUAUUCGAGAAAUAAAUACCUCAAAAACAAUUGAUUUAGAUUUUACUGAUUAUGAGAAAACAAUAUUUGAUGAAAUAUUUCAAGGAUUUAUUCGUCAUUACGAAAAACGUGUAGUUAUUGAUGCACCAUGGUUUUUACCAUCACAUGAACAUAUUAAUAAUGUUAAAAUACUUGUCGAAAUUAUUUUUAUCAUUUUCGAUUUAAAGAUUUGUUCAACUGAACUAAAUAUGAAACGAUGCUUAAGUGAAACAAUGAAAAAGCGUCUUCAGAGUGAUAUUGCUGAAUCAUUUGAAUCGAAUCUAACACAUAAUGAUAAUAUACAAUCAUUCGCAUUACAAACAACAUUAGAAGAGUUUGUUGGUUAUGUUCAAAAAGUUGCAGAGUCAAUGACUUUACUGAAAGAUUAUGAACAAAUAUUUGAUAAAAUUAAUGUUCGUUAUAUAAAUAUAUGCUUUUUCGAAGAGAAAGGAGCUGCAGAUUUGCUUGCUGAAAAAACAAAAUGCGUACUACAAUACAUGCCACAAUACGUAGCCGAAUGUUCGAAGCCUCUGUUGAUUGAUACUAGCUCUCUUUAUGAUCCUAAUUUAAUUCAAUCAUCAAAAGCAUUAAUUACAUUCUAUUUAAAGCUACAAACCAUUGUUAAUGGAUUACGUAGUUUAAUGGAAGAACGAGCUUGGGGAAAACAUGCCAUGCGUUUAACCUUAAUUCAAUAUCAAGAAUGGUUUAAACCCAUUAUGCCAUUUAUAUUAGAAGGCUUUGUGGCUCAAACAAGACAAGCAAUUGAAAGAGCGGUUGAAGACGAUAACAAUCCGCUUUCUGAUGAUAUUGACGGAAAUCUUCAUUCUGAUUCAUCUAUUGAUGCUGCUCAUUUUUGUAUCCAGCUAUGCAAAGACUGGGAGAAAAUUGCAUAUCCCGAUCCCGAUAUUCAAUAUAAUGCACUAAUAAAAUUAACAAAUACAAUGUGUGAACAAUGUCAACAAUAUGCGAGACGAAUAUCACGAAAAUUAUCAGAAAAUGAUUACUAUCCUGAUUUAAAUCAAACACGAUCAUUUAAUGUUUCAAGAAAACUAUGUAUUCUCGUCAAUGAUAUUGAAUAUGUUAAACAAAAAGUUCUAUCAUCAUUACCAAAAUUAUUACAAUUUCGAUCGAUCAUAGAAAAAAUGAAUGAUCAUUAUUCAAGUGGAGAUUUUAGUAAAACAGAAAAUACAUUAAAUCGUCUAAUACAAAUGGCAUCCGAUGAAAUGACUAAUGUUAUUAAUCAGAUAUUUGAUCAAGUGGCUGAACUUGUUUACUCAGCAUUGCAAGCAAAAAUACGAGCCUAUUAUAAAGAUGAAAAACUAGCUAGAGAAGAUCGUAUGAGACCAUUGACAUUGUAUAUCGAUACAAUUUUAAAAAAUUUAUGGGAUGGAUUAGAAGAAGUGCAAUAUACAGGAAUAGCCGGUGCUGUACGAUCAAAAACACUUCAAUGUCUAAUACAAACAUUACCGCAGAAAGAGCCACCAGAAUUUUAUCAACGAGUAUUAUCGUCACUUGAUGAAUUAACACGUUAUUUUGAUGAUAUUUGCUUACCAAUAGAAGCUCAACUUGAAGAAGUCAAAACGUUUAGAACGUGGUUAGAAUCUUAUUCAUUAACAACUGAACAAUUACAGUUAAAUUAUUUUAAAGAAAUGACGAGUGAUUCAUCACCUCUUAAUUUAUCCUUAGUAUAUGGUGAAAUGUUAUUUAAAGUGGCUUAUGAAGACGAUGGUGGAUUGAUUACACUCCAUAUAAUAAUAUUAUCUUGUCGAAAUUUACCCAUGAUGGAUUAUGCUGUAUUUGGUUCAUGUGAUCCAUAUGUUAUCGUAGAGUUAUUACCAUCAAGCUUUUAUAAAAAACCACCAAUAAAACAUCAGACAGAUCCGCAAUAUAACACUUUAGAUCCAGUUUUCAACAAAACUUUUUCUAUACAUCGUUUAUCUUUAAACAUCUUGGAAGAAAAAGGUGCUGUAUUACGUUUAUCAGUUUGGGAUAAAGAUAUAGCAUCACGUGAUGACUUUUGUGGUGAAUGUUUUGUACCCUUAUUCAAAGUUCGGUCACUUACAGGAUUAGCCUCUAUGAGAGACGUACCAGUUAUGAGAGAGAAAUUAUAUCGACCACAAUUUACUAAACAAUCAAAAAGUUUUAAAUUAUUACGUAGUCGUGCUGAAAUUGAUAAAGAAGCUGCUAAAUUUGUUAAACAACGAUUGGAUGUAAUGGAACAUUCACAAGACGUUAAUAAUCAAAACACAAAUCAAGGGACGGGAAGAAACUCAUCGAUAUCCAGUUCAUCAUUACAAGAUAGUGAUUCUCCUGUUAGAAAAUUACAAGAAAUGACAAGUACAAGUCGACAUAAAACAUCAACAGUAUGGCGUACUGUAUCACAAUCAUUAACAACUGUCACUGAUAGUGAUAUUGGAUAA